GCGCGCACUCCCAGUCUCCGCCACCCACCAGCGCCGGCACCAGCAGCAGAGCCGCCGCCACCGCCCACCUUCUGCCGCCGCCGCCACAGCCACCUUCUCCUCCACUCUCCUCUUCUGUCCUCGCCUUCUGUCGACUAUCAGGUGAGGUUUGAAUCAGAAUGGCUGAGCCUCGCCAGGAGUUUGACACAAUGGAUGACCAUGCUGGAAGCUACACCCUGCUUCAAGACCAAGAUGGGGACGUGGACCACGGCUUGAAAGAGUCUCCCCUGCAGGCCCCUGCCGAUGACGGAUCCGAGGAACCAGGCUCGGAGACCUCUGAUGCUAAGAGCACUCCAACAGCUGAAGACGUGACUGCGCCCUUAGUGGAGGAGAGAGCUCCUGGAGAGCAGGCUGCUGCCCAGCCCCACACGGAGAUCCCCGAAGGAACCACAGCUGAAGAAGCAGGCAUUGGAGAUACCCCUAACCUAGAGGACCAAGCUGCUGGACACGUGACUCAAGACCCAGAAGAGGUCGCGUUUCUCCCAGAAAGCUUGCUCAGGGAGCCAGGGCAUGGUGAAGGCCAGGCCCCAGACCCAGGGGUCCCAGAUUGGAUCUGCCAGCCCAUGCCUGACAUGUCUGGGGCUCCACUUCUGCCACAAGGCCUCAGAGAGGCCACAGGCCAACCUUCAGGGACAGGACCUGAGCAUCUAGAAAGAAGCCAUCCAACCUCUGAGCUGCUGAUGUACCAACUUGUGGGAGACAAGGACCAUCAGGGGCCACCUCAAAAAGAUGAUCAGGGCAAAGACAGGCUGGGGGCUGAGACAAUAGGUGAAGAUCUGGACAUGGACGAGUCAUCCCAGGACUCCCCUUCCUCCCAGGCCUCUCCUCCAUCCCAGGCCUCUCUGGCCCUAGGCAGGGCACCCACUCAGGCUGUAUCUAGAGAGGCCACUGGCAUGCCUGGGUUCCCAGAUGAGGGUGCCAUCCCACUUCCUGUCGAUUUCCUCUCCAAAGUCUCCACAGAGACCCAGGCCUCGCAGCCAGAUGGGCCUGGCACAGGGCCUGUGGAUGAAGGGCACGAGGCUGCCCCUGAGUUCACAUUCCACGUGGAAAUCAAAGCCAGCAUGCCGAAGGAGCAGGAUUUGGAAGGGGCAACACUGAUGGGGGCCCCUGGAGAGGAGCAACAGGCCCAGGGCCCCUCUGUGGGAAAGGCCACCAAAGAGGCUGGUCUUCUGGAACCAUCCGAGAAGCAGCCUGCAUCUGGCCUGCCAGGAAGGCCAGUCAGUCGGGUCCCUCAACUCAAAGCUCGCAUGGUCGGUAAAAGCAAAGAUGGGGCUGGAAAUGAUGAAAGGAAAGCAAAGACAUCCACACCUUCCUGUGCUAAAACCUUGAGAAAUAGGCCCUGCCUUAGCCCCAAACGCCCCACUCCUGGUAGCUCAGACCCUUUGAUCAAACCCUCCAGCCCUGCCGUGUGCCCUGAGCCAGCCACUUCUCCUAAACACGCCUCUUCUGUCACAUCCCGCACUGGCAGUUCUGGAACAAAGCAGAUGAAACUCAAGGGGGUUGAUGGCAAAACUGGAACAAAAAUUGCUACACCCCGGGGAGCAGCCCCACCAGGCCAGAAAGGCCCAUCCAACGCCACCAGGAUUCCAGCCAAGACCACACCCAGCCCAAAGACCCCUCCUGGCACAGGCGAACCACCGAAAUCCGGGGAACGCAGCGGUUACAGCAGCCCGGGCUCCCCAGGGACUCCGGGCAGCCGCUCCCGCACCCCAUCCCUACCAACCCCGCCCACUCGGGAGCCCAAGAAAGUGGCGGUGGUCCGCACUCCCCCCAAGUCGCCGUCUGCCACCAAGAGCCGCCUGCAGACUGCCCCCGUGCCCAUGCCAGACCUAAAGAAUGUCAGGUCCAAGAUCGGCUCCACGGAGAACCUGAAGCAUCAGCCAGGAGGCGGGAAGGUGCAGAUAAUUAAUAAGAAGCUGGAUCUUAGCAACGUCCAGUCCAAGUGUGGCUCAAAGGACAAUAUCAAACACGUUCCAGGCGGCGGCAGUGUACAAAUAGUCUACAAACCAGUGGACCUGAGCAAGGUGACCUCCAAGUGUGGCUCAUUAGGCAACAUCCAUCAUAAACCAGGAGGUGGCCAGGUGGAAGUAAAAUCUGAGAAACUGGACUUCAAGGACAGAGUCCAGUCGAAGAUCGGUUCCCUGGAUAACAUCACCCACGUCCCUGGUGGAGGGAAUAAGAAGAUUGAAACUCACAAGCUGACCUUCCGGGAGAAUGCCAAAGCCAAGACAGACCAUGGGGCAGAAAUCGUGUACAAGUCGCCGGUGGUGUCAGGGGACACGUCUCCACGGCACCUCAGCAACGUGUCCUCCACUGGCAGCAUCAACAUGGUAGACUCGCCACAGCUUGCCACGUUAGCCGAUGAAGUGUCUGCCUCCCUAGCCAAGCAGGGUUUGUGAUCAGGCCCCUGGGCCAGUCAAUAAUCGUGAAGAGAAGAGAGAGUGAGAGAGUGUGGAAAAAAAAGAAUGAUCUGGCCCCUCACCCUCCGCCCUCCCUGCUGCUCCUCACAGACGAGCCUGGCACCUAACCUGCUUUUGUCGCUCGGCUUUGGCUUGGGACUUCAAAAUCAGUGAUGGGGAAAAAGAGCAAAUUUCAUCUUUCCAAAUUGAUUGGUGGGCUAAUAAUAAAAUACUUUUAAAGAAAAACAGGUUAAAAACAUGGCCACACCCAACAUUUCCUUGGGCAAUUAUUUUUGAUUCUUUUUUUUCCCCCUCUCUGAGUAUUAGAGGGUGAAGGAGAGGUUCUGGAAGCUGUUUCUGGGAGUUUGAAGGCACUAAGGCACCCAGUGCUUGCAGCCCCAUCCCGGGGGUGUCACAGGGACAGUGACAGCAACAAAAGAUUAGUGGGGAAGACAAAGGGAGGCGGGUGGGCAGGGUGGUGAAGCAGAGAGGGGAGGUGGACAGGAUGGGACUGGACACUGGCCCCUGCCAAGUAUUACAGAAAGGGUAAGUAGCCCCAGCUCUACAGCGGUCUUAAAUGGUGCGGCUUCCUGUUCUGGGAGGCCCUGGGGUGUGCUGCGGGUCAGUCGUGCCACUUCUGUGGGGUGGCCUGUUUGAGAAGGGACAGUGGGCAGAAGGAAGGUGGGUUGAAGGUGGCAACUUGUGGAUUACUUCCACAAAGGCUGACCUUGACAUCCCGGAGUGCUGGUCUCUUUCCCACUCCCUGCAGGAUGGGAGUCCUGAGCAGAGGGGCUUCCGUCUGCCCCGGUGGAAAAAGCUAUUCUAAGUUCUGAAGUUUGGAACCGAAGCCACGAUUUUUUUGUCCACCUCACAGAACUGUAUUUUAGGGCUAACCAAUUCGUUGUAAGGACUUGUGCCUCUUGGGGGACAUCUGCCUGUUCUCACCUGGGCCUCCAGAACCUCUGCAGUGUGUGUGGGAUGGGGGAGCAUGUCUGAGAGGUGGGCUCCAGGCCUCCCAUCCCUCCCCUGGCCACUGUAGCCCUUCUGCUUGUCCCUCUGUGCCCAUAUGUCUGCCAUGAGAGCCAAUCACUGCCGUACUUUGAUCAUGUCUCACUGUCCUGAGUGCCCAGCCUUCCCCAGCCCCAGUCCUGCUGUAUGCUAAGGGGUUGAGUCCAGAGAAGGCAAAGUCCAGGCACAAGGGUUAGGGCUCAGCCUCCCUACGUUCCACACAUCUAACCAGUGUGCCUCCCACAAGGAACCUUGUUUAGUUUUCUCCCUCACCUCCUAUCCCAGAUGGGGUGGGGCCUGGCAAUGACCCUGGUCAAUUGACUUGAUGACUUGAGAUAGCCAUUGCCUCCUUUCCUGUCCUGAGCUGGGGGCAGCAUCAGGUGCCAGUGCUGGCACCAGGUUGGGCAGGCAAGAGUCCUAGGACAGGGUCAUUCUCCUUCCAUUCUGUUUCCACCCCAACUUGUGAUUGCCAGCUUCCCAGAGCCCAGACAUCAUUAAGUUUCCAUGUUCGGAAUCAGCCCUCCACACCCCAACUUGGGGAACAUACCCCUUGGAAAUGUUUUUCCUCCAGUCCCGGUGCAAGCAGUGCUGCCUGUCCUGCUGGAGCAGCUAACACCUCCACAGAUGUGACCCUUCCCUCCCCAUCCACACCCUGUUGUGUUGUAAUUGGAUUUGUCUGUUUAUGUCUGGGUUCACUAGAGUGACUAUGAUAGUGAAAAGAAAAAAAAAAAGAAAAAAAAAGGACGCAUGUAUCUUGAAAUAUUUGUCAAGAGGUAUUUGUCAAGACUGGAUAUCUCUUGUCCCCAUUGGGAUAGCUCCCAGAAGCCAGUGCAGUGCUACCCUGCUGGGGCAUCCCAGGUUUUGAAGGGUUUCCUUUGCAUUGGUGACCCCCACAGACACCGGACCGACAUUGGAGGUUUCUGGUGCCAAGGCUUGAAGCACAGGACCAGCUGGAGACAGCAGGCUCCCUUUGUCAGGAAGAGCUUGUGGCUGGCCUGGUUUGCAGAGUGAAGACGGGCCUCUCUGGUCACAGCCUCAAGUUCCACAGCAGCCCUGCCUGAAAGACAGUCUUAGAACUCCCAUAUAAAAGGACACCAAUGACCCCCAGGAGAGUGUGGCCCCAGGUUCCAUGAAUCUCCAGCAACAACCCUGGGCCUGGACUCUCCCCAGGUUCUCCCUGGGGGACAGCCUUGGCCUCCUCACUGAGGAUGGACAGCCUGACUGAGGAAGCGCAACAACUUGGGGGAUCCCCCCACCCCUUGGUUUCCAAGAUGUCAGCCCACUGGCCUUGCACAAGCCCCACCCACUGCUGCAGGGAAGAGAAGAGUUGGCCUUGGCAGGGAUUCCGCAGCCUCAGGCCGAGUUCCACCCCUUUGGGAGAGGGGAUUGGGGAUGGGAAGCAGCAGGACUUUCUCUUUAAAGAAUUGCAUGGGCCCAGAACUGUAUGGUGAGGCUCCCCACUGCUCUUGGGUAUCCCAGCUGCCCUUAGAACUGAAGAGUGUGAUGGAGAAAAAGGAAGUGUGGUUUGAAGAUAUAUGGACCCUUCUUUAUUGCCGAUCUUGGCUGUGCUUUUAUACCGGUUUGCUCCUCCUGCAGUUACUGCCCCUGUGUAUGGGGGGCGCUCUGCCACCCCUUGUACAGAUCAAGCUGCUGGGGUCAGCCCAAAGCUCAUGGUUGAGGGUGAUCGAAUCAGUGCUGAUAGGUAGACUACAAAGGGAUUUAAUAAGGACAAUCCCCCCAGAGCUUCGGCACUCCUACCUUCCUUCCAUGCCUCCCCACUCCAGAGCCAAUGUCCUUGGGUGGGCUAGAUAGGGUAUACCAUAUGCCUGGUGGCUCCAAGCCCUCAAUUCACUUUAUCAGUAGUUCCAUUUAAAUUGACUUCAGUGGUACAAAUGUUUUCAGAUUGCUUGUGCUGUGGGGGGAGGGGGGAGGAAGAACAUAAGAGAGUUCACAUGGGCAAAAGGAAGUUGGAGUGCACCAGUUAAGCCAUCUGCAACCCUUUUCAUGAUUUUGACCACUUGCUAGAGAGAGAAGGGGGCAUGAGGCUAGAGUCAGAGGUUUAGCCACUCCACUGGCAGGUUCUCCCAGGCAGAGACAACCAGUUAGUUCCAACCAGCUGGACUUCCCAGUCUGGUGUAGCUGACUUGUGUAGGAAUCUAAGACCUGCUCUGGCCUGCUGCCCUCUUAACUGAGUCCAGAGUCCAUAUUCAUGCCUCCUUGAAACCCCAGCCUCCUUCCCUCUAAGCCACUGGCACCCCAGGAUCAUCUCUAGACUGGCUUCAGACUCACAGCCUACACUUCUAGCAGCUACCAAGAUCUCCUUCACCCUAGUCUUUGUUCUCCAGUAAAAUAAGGUGGGGAUGAGGGCAGAGGUGGUCAUCAGCUCCACGUCUGUGGCUUCGUGAGCUUCAGACUUCUGAAAGGGUUGCCUUGGGCAGUGACUCCAAGUCUCACCUUCUGAUGGAUGGAGCCUGUGCAGUUACUUUGCUGGGCACGACGAUCUCCAGCACUUGCAAGUCCCAUGAGUUCUUUGGUAAUUUUGAGGGUGGGGGGAGGGACACGAAAUCAUCUUAGCUUAGCUUCCUGUCUGUGAAUGUCCAUUAUAGUGUAUUGUGUGUUUUAACAAAUGAUUUACACUGACUGUCGCUGUAAAAGUGAAUUUGGAAAUAAAGUUAUUACUCUGAUUAAA